GAUGUGGAUGACGAAGCACGGGCUGGCGACGGGUGGGUGAAGAAGCGGUCGGGAAGACCGCAGAGCCGCCAUGUUCGUAUGAGACGAGUUUGGCAGUAUGCGACGGCGCCGUAUAAGAACUUGCGGAUGCCUCAGGCAUGAGAAGUGUACAACUGUAUCUCUUUCCUCGAGAGCACAAAGCUGGACUACCCCACAGUCUUGUUGACGCUAAGCCUUGUUUGCGGCCCGCUGUUCCUUCCCAAUGAUGUCUCGUCAAAGAUCGCGAAGUCGCAAUAGUGAGUCUCACUUCUUGCCUUGCCGCCUUAUCUGACGAGGCUGUACGACCGAAGCUGACGAUUUAAUUCGCCCGCUAGACGACCCCACCAUGGUCCCCCAACACCUUGAGGUUCUCCCAUACAUCUCCCCAGUUGCCGACUGGCUCAACGCACCUGCAAAUCUCCACGAGCGCAUAGUCCAGGUCGAAUACGGCCACACCUCCCUCGCACACCUACACGUCCACAACAAUCCGCCGCAAUCACAACGCCAAUCCUCGUCCAUGACCCCUACAAUCAUCUACAACGCGCCCGCUUCAACCCACACCCCCUCCCUAACCUUCUCCCCGACCGCCUCAACGACCUCUGUCUUUACUCCUCUCUCAUACCAGGACACAUUCCCCACCUCGCACGCCCCUCUCGAAGAAACACACGGCGUCCUUACUCUCAUCCCACAACACCCUUGCGUCUUCUGGUUUCUAAACUGCACCUACACAUCCACCUCACGCUCGGAGUGGGCCACGCACUGCACAUCGCACUUCCGCAGCGCGCCGCCGCCGUCCAGUGUCACGUGUCCGCUGUGCGCGUGGGCCACAGAGGGAGCAGAAGGCGCCUGGGCCCGCUCACUGGAUCACAUCGCCGACGAGCACUUUGCGCGCGGGCAGAGCUUUCGUGCAUAUGCAGUGCGCCCGCGGGUCGAUUUGGUGCUGUAUCUGUGGCGCCGUCGGGUUAUUGCGGAUCAGCAGCUUCAGGAGUUGAGGAGGGGAGUGGUAACAGAGCGAUAUGUUGUGACUGGAGGGAGGGAGGGCGAGCGUGGCGGGGGAGGACGGACGAGGAGGGAGCGUCGAGCAGUGCGAGGGUAGGGUUUUUUGCGAAUGAGUUGUUCGGCCUCGACUCGUCUUUGGUUGGUUGGUUGGUUGGGGGGAAGUUCAUUUCGUGCUCUUUAAGCCGGCUGGAUCGGUGCUUUCCUUUCUCUUCUCUCUUAUCGAAAUUUGUGAUACCCGGGUUUUGCAACAAUACGGACAAUUUAUCAUCAUACUGCGUUCCCUCGCUGUCCUCUGCGCUGCGUUCUGCCAAUACUGAUGACAUAGGGUGAGUGCUUAGCUGGUCAUGUAGAUGUUCAAACAGUGUAGCAGGUAGCAUGGUUGGGUAAAAGAGAGUGCACCGAAGUUAUAGUUGAGCGAGGGAGACAGCAUGUGAGGAG